GCAACACACUGUCAUCCAGGCGGUGAAUAAAUUGUAGGCAAAGCCAACUGUUUAUAAAAUCUCACAUUAAUUUAUUAAAAAAUCAGCAAAUCUAUAUAACAAUGGCCGCCAAAGUAGCAAGCAGCACAAACAAAGUGUUCCAGAGUGUGAACGACGAUGUGCACAUAUCUUUUGAGGAUCAGCAGCGCAUUAAUCGCUUCGCCAAGCACAAUGCACGCAUGGACGAUCUGAAGCUGGAGCUGGAUAUGAAGAAGAACGACCUGAAAUGUGUGGAAGAGGCACUAGAAGAAAUCGAGCUAUUCGACGAGGAUGAGGACAUACCUUUCCUUACCGGUGAGGUAUUCCUUUCACAUAAGCUGGGCAAGACCCAAGAGCUGUUGGCCGACACCAAAGCUCAGACUCUGAAGGAGAUAGAAAGUAUUGAGGCCAAAGCCAAGGUAAUCAAAGCCGAAAUGGACGAACUGAAGGCACUGCUCUAUCAACGUUUUGGCAGCAACAUCUCUUUGGAGAGCGACGACUAAGCAGCAGCAAUAAAUUCAUACAGUUUUGGCAUUUAACGUUUAAAAAUAUAGUACAUUUAAUUUAAAUCCCAA